GUUGAAGCUGGCGGUAAAUGCCAGUGCAGAGGAUAUGCUCGUGAAUUAUGGCCAAUCCCUUAAGAUAUGAAGUAUUGAAUCUUUACAAAAAUCUGCUGCACCUGGGGAAGGACUAUCCCAAAGGGGCCGACUACUUCCGAACCCGGCUGAAGACAGCUUUCGCAAAAAACAAGGAUGUGAAGGACCCCGAAAAAAUUAAAGAACUCAUUGCUCGAGGAGAGUUUGUCAUCAAAGAGUUGGAAGCGUUAUACUUCCUGCGGAAGUAUCGAGCUCUGAAACAGCGCUACUACGAGGACGAUAACAAGUGAUCUGCGGCGUCGCUUUGGGAGUUUG